AUGGAUCCAAACCAGCGUCAGAUGCUUGAAGUUGUCUUUGAAGGACUCGGAAAUGCUGGUAUUCUACUAGAAAGUCUUGAUGGGGCACUGUCGGUUGUUCGUUGGUUCAUAUGCAUCAGAGAUCCUGAAGAUAGGCCAGCAAGCAUUACUGUUGGAGUUGGGCGUGCUAUCAUGGCUAACAGACUAAGUCAUUUCUUGAAUAUCAAGAGACCGAGUAUGACUAUCGACACCGCUUGCUCUGGUAGUCUUGUGGGUCUUGAUGUAGCUUGUCGAUAUCUACAGUCUCGAGAGAUAAAUGCGGCUAUCAUCGCAACAAGCAAUCUUUAUUUGAAUCCUGAGCAUGUAAUGGAUCUUGGAGCGGUCGGAAAUGCACAUUCGCCUACUGGGCUAUGUCAUACAUUCGAUAUCGACGCUGAUGGAUACGUGAAGGCUGAAGCAGUUAGCUGUAUUAUCGUCAAAAGACUAUCCGAUGCUAUUCGCGAUAGGGACCCCAUUAAGGCUAACGCCAGUUAUGCUAGUCCUAGCUCCGAAGCUCAGUCUGCUGCUAUUAGAGCAGCGUAUGCUAAUGCAGGUCUUACCAAUUUGAAUGAUACAGCAUAUCUCGAAUGCCAUGGCACCGGAACGCAGGCUGGAGAUCCCACUGAAGUGAAGGGUGCCGCUUCCGCAUUUGGUGCGACACGCUCAGCAGAUAAGCCACCAAUCAUCGGCUCGAUAAAAAGUAACUUAGGACAUGCUGAGCCAUCAGCGGGUAUUUCAGGCAUCAUGAAAGCUGUUAUGGCCAUCGAAAAUGGAAUUAUCCCAGGAAAUCCAACUUUUAUAAAACCUAGUCCAAAGAUUGAUUUUACUGGUCUCAAAUUGAAGGCUACUCGCACCUCAAUUCCGUCGCCUGAAAGUUCUAUUCGCCGAGCAAGUGUCAAUUCGUUUGGAUAUGGAGGCUCCAAUGCACACGUGAUUCUGGAACAGCCGACAUUUCCAGAUUGCCCGCAUCACAUCAGUUCAUACCUAUCUGAUACUGACGAGCUUACUUUGGAUGAAGAUGACUCAGAGCAUCCGUAUACACUCGUUGUCUCGGCAAAUGAUAAUGCUUCGCUUAAGGCUAACAUCAAGGCAUUGUGCAACCACUUGAUCAACCCUUGUGUCAAGGUCAAUCUUGAGGAUCUCGCGUAUACGCUUUCUGAAAGGAGAACAAAGCUAUGGCACCGGGCCUAUAUUACAACACGAAGCACAGAUAUUGACGAAAACGAUUUUGUUGUUGGAAAAAAGAAUCCAGAAGCCCUGAGGAUUGGUUUCGUGUUCACUGGUCAGGGUGCCCAUAACCUUGAUGAUGCUCUACAGAGUCUUCCACAGCCUCCAACCUGGUUAUUGAUACACGAGUUAACCAAAGUUCGCAGCGCCGAACACUUUCGUCAACCAGAAUUUUCACAGCCUCUGGUCACAGCACUUCAACUAUGCAUUAUCGACAUUCUUCGAAAGUGGGGUAUCAAACCUCAAAGCGUUGUUGGCCACUCAUCUGGUGAGAUUGCGGCUGCAUAUGUAGUAGGGUUUCUCGACCAAGCCACUGCUAUCAAGGUAGCCUACUACAGAGGUCGGGCUGCUGUGAAUCGAAAGAACGAAAUCGAAAGUGAUGUUGGUAUGUUAGCUGUGGGUCUAGGUACAGAAGGACUGUUACCAUUUUUAGAAAAGUACGCCGGAAAAGCUUGGAUUGCUUGUUUCAACAGUCCUAGCAGUUUGACUGUGUCCGGAAAACGCGAGGCGCUCGAAAAGCUGGCUGAGGAAUUGAAAGCCAACGGUCAUUUCGCUAGACUUCUCCAAGUCGACCUUGCCUACCACUCUGAGCUUAUUGGCAUGAUUGGUGAAGAGUAUGAGAAGCUUUUGAAAUCGGGCUUCGCUUCCCUUGGUGGAUCAUCAGAUGUAUCGAUGUUUUCUUCAGUCACUGGACUGAAGCAGACUACUACUACCGACGCAUUGUAUUGGAAAACAAACAUGGUAUCACCAGUACGAUUUGAUAAGGCCCUCAACGAGAUGCUUUCGGACGAGAAAGCUCCAAACUAUUUGAUCGAAAUUGGUCCAUCGGGGGCUCUUGCUGGCCCUAUCUCGCAGAUCUUGAAAGCACUACCUAGCAGUGAUGGCAUCUCGUACAGUCCUUCAUGGGCUCGAGGUCAGGCUGCGGGUAAAGCUAUUUUCGAUCUGGCAGGUCGUCUGUUCGUCGCGGGCCAUGACAUUAGUUUGAGAAGUGUCAAUCAGUAUAACAACACUAAAACUUUGAUUGAUCUUCCAAAUUACACCUGA